AUGAGCUUUUCACCCUUGCUAGACAAUGAGAGACGCAACAAUCCAUGGAAGGGUCAGUUGCGAUCCUCUAAAGGUUUUACCUUAGCGACAAUGUCCAUGGCGCUCUUUACAGACGAGCUUCUGUUCUCUUUCAUGGUACCCUUGCUUCCUUACAUCUUUGAACAGCGCCUCGGGGUUCAAGCAUCUCGCGUCCAAGCAUACACAUCACUCUUCUUGACUGAAGGCGCUUUAGUCGCCAUCAUAACCAGCCCAUUGAUCGGGCAUGUGGCCGACCGUGCCAAGUCCAAGAAAGUCUUGCUACUUGGUUUGCUGAUGUUGACACUUGUCAGUGUUGGUGGCCUUGCGGUCACAAAGUCGUGCCAGAUGAUAGUGGCCGGGCUCUUCAUCGGUCGAUUCUUCCAAUGUUUUACCAGCAAUGGCCUCUGGAUCGUGGGCGUCGCAACGAUGGUGGAGAGUGUUGGGAGCGAGCAUAUGGGCAAAAUCGCAGGGCUAACCUCAACCUUGACUGCAGCGGGGACAUGUACGGGUCCACUGCUAGCCGGGUUUCUCUUCGGGCUUGGGGGGUAUUGGCCUGCUUGGGUGGGUCCGGCUGUCUUCCUGGCCGUGGAUAUCUUAAUGCGUAUUCUGUUGAUUGACCGUCCAAAAGCACCACGAGAGAGAUCUGGAGAUGAAUCCGAACUUGUCGCGGAGGCUUCCCCUUUGCUAGAUGCACAGCCAGUCCCCGUUGAAGAAGAAACAGGGUGGCGAUUCUACGCCCGUCUGUUUCGCCAACCGCGCUUUGCAACAGGUAUCAUUUGCUACUCUGUAUAUGCCCUAUAUAUUGCCAGCUUCCAGGCUACGAUCCCCUUGCACUCGUGGGACGCCUUCAGAUGGGAGGUCUUCCCGGUUGGUCUUCUUCUUGCCGCUGUUCAGGGUCCGGGAAUGGCCCUGGCACCCCUAAUUGGAUACUGGAAAGACCGCUGGGGAUCGCGAAUCCCAACAACGAUUGCUUUCUUCUCCAUGGCACCCUUUUUCCUGCUCUCAGGAGCAGCGGGUGACGAGCGCUUCCCGUGGUUUGCUGGUGGAAAUAAAGGCAAGGUCACAUAUAUUUGCUCCUUGGCCACGGCUGGGUGUCUUAUGUCUUUGCUGAGUGGGGUAGGGGCAAUGGAGGCGACUGAGGCGGUUGAUAAGCUAGAAGAAAGUCACCCCGGCAUCUUUGGAAAGUAUGGAGGCUACUCUCGGGCUGUCGCCAUCACUAGCAUGAGUUGGACAAUGGGCCUGAUGGUUGGGCCCGUCUUAGGAGGGUUCAUGGUGGAGAGAUUUGGUUACUUUGAAUUACAGUGUGUUCAGGGGGGGGGAGGGUUUCACGGCGAACUUACCGGUCGGUGCCUGCCACCUUGCAGGAGGUGCCAUUGCACUCCUGAUCAUGGUUGUUAG